AUGGCGAUGGUUAUCAAUCCGGCGAUGGUGAGAUCGACGUUUGCUCGAGAAGACACCGAGCCUCUUCCCGGCCAAGUUUUGCAGCCUCUCCCGGAAGGCCCCCGCGUGCCUCUGGCUAUGAUUCAGCAGCAACAGCAUGUGAUGUCAACGCCUCGGCAAGCAGCUUCACUUUCGCUUCCAGUGGCGAAGAGAGAAGUCAUCCAGACCAAAGCACCAGAGGUGUGCCAGACGGUGUUGUGGGAGAGACCUCCGAAACCAGCCGGGUGGUCGGCCAUUUGGGAGGUCCUUCCUCCCCCGCCCCCGCCACCAUUGGACGAGGAUGGGGUCUGGAUCUGGGUGCCGGAGGGUGAGGACAUUCCAGUUGGAGCUAUCGUGCCACAUGAAGCGCUCCUGCCACACGCUGAUGUGGACGAGGAAUCCGACCUGGACUUCACGGAGGGCCACAGUUUCCCACAGUUUGGGACGGAUGAGCUCGAGCAGAACCUUGAGCAGACCACCAAUGCAGGCUUCUCAGAUCCAUCCACCUUCCAGGCUUGGCAGCCGUUUCCACCUCACCAAAGCGGUCCCGCAGAAGAAUAUGCCACUCAGGACCACAAACUGCACGGUUUGGCAGGGCAGAGCAAUACGCAGGCCUGGCAGCCGUUCUCUUCGCACAUGAGUGUGCCGGGAGCAGAAAGCAGCAGUCAGCAGGCCAUGCAAGUUCCUGCCUCGCAGCCUUCAAGCCGCCCUGCGGAUCCCACAAGCCAGGUCUGGCAGCCGUUCCCUUCACAGGUGAGCAUGCCAGGAGCAGAAGGCAGUAGACACCAGGCCAUGCAAGUUCCUGCCUCGCAGCCUUCAAGCCGCCCUGCAGAUCCUAUCAACCAGCAGGUCUGGCAGCCGUUCCCUUCGCAGGUGAGUAUGCCGGGAGCAGAAGGCAAUAGUCAGCAGGCCAUGCAAAUUCCGGCCUCGCAGCCUUCAAGCCGCCCUGCAGAUCCCACAAGCCAGGUCUGGCAGCCGUUCCCUUCGCAGGUGAGUAUGCCAGGAGCAGAAGGCAGUAGUCAGCAGGCCACGCAAGCUCCUGCCUCGCAGCCUUCAAGCCGCAACGCAGAGCAGGCGUGGUCGUUUCCCUCCCAGAUGAGUGGACACGGAGUGGCAUGUGGCAGCCAACAGGUUCCAACCUCACUGAAUACUCCUCGAGAGGCUUGGCAGCCCUUUCCCUCACAGAUGUCCGGCCCGGUCGAACCUCAGGGCUGGAACCCAUGGGCCACAAAUCUGGGAACAAACGAAGCAGCGUUCUAUGGCAGCGUGUCGGGAAAUGAGCAAAGGCGGAUCAUUGGCGACAUCGGAGCCUUUGAUUCUGGCGAUUUCAGGUCCUCGCCCGCAUUCAACAGCCGGCCGAGCAUGCCGCCGUCACCAGCCCAGUCUGGCCGUGGUUGGACGGGCUGCGGAGCCCUGCCGAGCAAUCAUGAGGAAAUGAGAAGCUUGGAGGGCACAGCGUUUUGGCAAGUUCCGCCAGCUUCUACUCUGAAGCAGCCGUCCGGCCCUCUAAGCUUCCAUCAGCAGCUGCAGUCCAACAAUCAGGCGCCGCAGGCUCGAAGUACCUACGAGAUGCCGGCGGCGGCAAACCCUGCCAGUCAAGGCUCAGUUCCCUUUGGCAGCAGACCAUCCGUGCCUUCAAAUGAGUCGGCUGGCCGGUCGCUCUUGACCUCUACCAGUGAAGGGCUCGAAGUGACAUAUGCCAUCACCCCACAGCAAGCGUCGGGGCAAGUCAACACGCACCAGCUGCCCUCGCACCAUGGCUUUGCCGGCACCAACCAGUCCGCUGGCUGUGUGGCGGCGCCCUGGCCGAUGCCAUCCAACUUGCCAGGUCAGUCACGAAAUCCACAAGGGGUGCAGUUGCUCGACGUGACUGGCAUGUACCAGGAGCAGGGCUCCGGACAGUUCCGUGCACGAGACGUGCUUGGCCCAAUGCGUCCGGAUGAUACCUACACCUCUCGGGCAGGCCAGACUUGGAUGAACGACCCACGGCUCGCCCGGCAGCCAGUGGCCCAGGUUGCGGAACGCAAUCGGCACGCGGCUCCCGUUUUACUGGAUGUCAGCUUGGGACACCGUGCGUAUGCACCUGAUGACUGA